AUGAGCCGACCGGAUAAUCGCAGACGUGGACAGAACACAAAGUCUGCUAAGGAACCAGUUUCCAAAAGAUAUAAACCAGAUGUCUAUCCAUCAGAAGAUGAAGACUCUACAAUGUCAGGUUCUAUGGAUUUCGAUCGUGAGUCUAAUGAAAGUCUUUAUGGUCGUAGGGGUGAUGGUAAGAUUGCAAAGAAAUCUACCGCUACUACUGGCCACAGUGGUCACAAACUUCACUCGGAUAUUGACUAUGAUGCCACAAAUGAUGGUGAAGAUGAUGAUGAUGACGCUGAUGUUGAUGAAUAUGAAUCGGAUGAAUUACGUGUUGUAUCAAGAGCUCAAACAGUAAAAGCCCGUCACGAACACGGCACUUCAGUUAGCAAGUCUACUGAUGCAUCAGUUGUGUGCACACCAAAAGAUGAAUUCGGAGCUAAAGAUAUGCGAAAUAUAUUGAAGUUACGCAUAGACCAUCCCUAUCGUCCCUUGUGGAUUGGUCCGCAUGGGCACAUAUUUCUUGAAGCAUUUAGUCCACUAGCUUGUCAAGCUCAAGAUUUUUUAAUUGCUAUUUCCGAACCGGUGUGUCGACCACUACAUAUCCAUGAAUAUAAACUCACCUCUUAUUCAUUGUAUGCAGCUGUUUCAGUUGGUUUGCGCACAAGUGAAAUAAUUGGUUGUUUGCGUCGUUUAUGUAAAACUGAUCUACCAGAGGGCAUUGUUGCCUAUAUUCUUUUAAAAGGUGGCCGUUAUUUUGUUGAAAGUCCACAUCGUCAGUUUCUACAACAGCUAGCGAACGACAAAACUGUACAACAGUGUUUAGUUAAGACAACAAUUACUGAGGAAAGCGAUGAUCUGAAACAACCACAACAAGAAGUAGAAGUUGUGAAACUUUACAAUGCUGCAUCACUAGUAAUACAACACCAGCCACAAGAUGAUAAAGGUGUUAAAACUGAAAAAGAAAUUGCUAUUGAAGACAAGAUGAUACGCCUUUACGCUCGUAUAGAUGCAGAAGAAGUAGCUAGGGAGUCACAGGGAUCAAAUACUGGCAUUAAUACAACUACUGCUGAUAAAUCAGACAAUAACUUUUUGGAACAACCUAGUGAUAACAUAAAUGUCAGUGCAAUUGGCAUUGAAUCAGAUGUUGGGGAUCGUGAAGGUGAAAUGAUAGAUAUAAAAAAUGACGGCAGUCGUGGUGAUGCCAAUGUUAAGUUCGUCUUAGACUCAACUGUCCCCAGUGAUUCCAAAGUACCAGUUGUUCUUGCCUUAGAAGUCAAUCAAGAUCAAAUUGAAGUACUUCAAAAAAGGUGUAUUGAAUUAGAGGUACCAUUGUUGGCUGAAUAUGAUUUUCGUCUUGAUCGAGUGAACAAAGAUAUUUCAAUAGAUCUUAAAGCAAGCACAACACUCAGACCAUAUCAAGAAAAAAGUUUGCGUAAAAUGUUUGGCAACGGUCGUGCACGUUCUGGCGUCAUCGUAUUGCCUUGUGGUGCUGGAAAAACACUGGUUGGUGUUACAGCUGCUUGUACAAUAAGAAAGCCAACAUUUGUUCUAUGCACUAGUGGUGUUGCUGUUGAACAAUGGCGCUCACAAUUCAAAUUAUGGUCUACUAUUGAAGACGGCCAAAUACUUCGUUUCACUAGUGAUGCAAAAGAUCGUCCAAAUCAAAGUUCACAUAUAUGCAUUAGUACGUACAGUAUGAUUGCACAUUCAGCGAAACGUUCCUAUGAAGCUGAUCGAAUGAUGACUUGGAUUAAAGGCCAAGAGUGGGGUCUUAUGAUUCUAGACGAAGUACACACAAUCCCAGCGAAAAUGUUUCGUCGAGUAUUAACUCUAGUACAAGCACACUGUAAACUAGGUUUAACAGCUACAUUAGUUCGUGAAGAUGAUAAGAUAACAGAUUUGAAUUUUUUAAUUGGACCUAAAUUGUAUGAAGCAAAUUGGUUGGAAUUACAACAACGUGGUUUCAUUGCACGUGUUCAAUGUGCAGAAGUAUGGUGUCCUGUUACACCGGAAUUUUAUCGAGAAUAUUUGAAUAUGAAAAGUAUGAAGAAGUUACUAUUGGCUGUGAUGAAUCCGAAUAAAUUUCGUGCCUGUGAAUAUCUUAUCCGUUAUCACGAAAGAAGAAAUGAUAAGAUUAUUGUAUUCGCUGAUAAUGUAUUCGCUUUGAAAUAUUAUGCUACAAAAAUGGGACGACCAUUUCUAUACGGUCCAACUGGUCAAGCAGAACGUAUGCAAAUAUUACAGAAUUUUCAGCAUAAUCCUAAUGUGCCAACAAUAUUUGUAUCCAAAGUUGCUGACAACUCUUUUGACUUACCCGAAGAAACAGUACUCAUUCAAAUCAGUGCUCAUGGUGGUAGUCGUCGUCAAGAAGCUCAACGUUUGGGUCGUAUUCUGCGAGCGAAACGAGGAAUCGAUGCUGAAGCCUAA